AUGCCGGCGCCUUCGUAUUCGAUUCCCUCGUUUCUGCCGCCCCUCCAUCUCUACCGCCACAUCCUCCGCGAGGUCUCAUACCUCCCACCAGCCUUCCGGGCCACCAUAUCCUCCAGCAUACGAGAUCGCUUCCAUCGAAACCGAAGAUAUGACCCGCGAGCAAAGGCCCAUCUCUCCAGGGCCUCGUCCGCCCUGCGGACGCUGAGAGCCGCCAACAGCGGGGACCGCACCGCAAUGGCUGGCCUCAUAUCGAAAGGCUUCGCACGGUCCGGGCGCCGCAGACGGGAGCUCAUGGCUCAGUUCGUCAAGCCUCAAGGUCCGAGCAACUCGCAGGACCUAGAAGCGCUCCUGGAUCAGCGCCGCAGCGCAAAGCAGAGCUCAACCUCUACGGGCACAGCCGACGCGCAGCGGCCCAAGAAACAGAAAAACGCCUUCUUCCAGAAAUGGGACCAGAAGAAGCUGUUGCAAAUCUUGCAGUCGCAAAAGCACCAGCAAAAGGAGACCAAGGGCUCGACAAGCUGGCCCGGCUCCGCCAUCAAGAGCACCGAUCCAAAUCAGUUCGUCCCCACCACCAAUAUCUGGGGCAAGCCGCCGGCGGAGAGCCUCGUACGAACAAAACAAGCACACUGGUGGAGGCGAAGCGCGGAAAAGAUCAUGCCACCCGUUGGCAAAGGCGAGUGGGACUUGCUGGAGCGGCUGAGCAACGGAGCCCAGGACGAGGCCGAAUGGGCAGUCCCUGCGAGACGGUCGACAGCGAAGCCUCUUGCCGCGCCGGAGAGCACGUCAGGGUCGUUUGACUGGAAGCCCUGGGCUACACAGCCUGCCGCUACGGUAGAGAGGCAAAACUCCAUGUCGCAGAGGGUCCGGUCAGGCGGCAGUGACCCCGGCCCGUACGGCGGCAAGGAGCGCAAGCCGACCGUGUCAGCGAGGUGGUUCAGGAGAGCCUACAACAGGACCUGGCAGCUUACUCCGACCAUGAGCCAAGAUCCCAAGACUCUACGUUACUCUUUCAGAUGGGGCUCGGUCCAGCCCAAGAUUCCCAGUCCAACGGCGUCACAACUCGAGAUCUUUGAGGGCGUGGACAAGCAAGGUCGCAAGGUCGGCAAGAGUUCUGCCUCAUGA